GAGAGAAAGGACUCCUAUUCGGGCAGUCCUCGCUCUCCUAGCUAUCUCCUUGCUCGCCGCCACCAUGUGGGGCGCACUGAGGUCAGCCCUGCGACCCUGCGCUCCGGCAGCUGUCUCUCGGUCGCGCGCCUAUCAUGGGGACUCCGUGGCCCGACUAGGCACCCAGCCUGACUCGGGCUCCUCCACCUAUCAGGAGAACUAUGAGCAGAUGAAAGCUCUAGUGAGUCAACUUCAUGAACGAGCCCAGUAUGUGAGACUAGGGGGCAGCGAGAAAGCCCGGGCCCGGCACACAUCAAGAGGAAAACUCUUACCCAGAGACAGAAUCGACAGUCUCUUAGACCCGGGGUCUCCCUUUCUGGAAUUCUCCCAGUUUGCAGGGUACCAGUUAUAUGGUGACGAGGAAGUCCCUGCAGGUGGUAUCAUUACAGGCAUCGGGCGAGUGUCAGGAGUAGAAUGCAUGAUUGUGGCCAACGAUGCCACCGUCAAAGGAGGCAGCUACUACCCAGUGACCGUGAAGAAGCACGUGCGGGCACAAGAGAUAGCCCUGCAGAACAGGCUCCCGUGCAUCUAUCUGGUUGACUCAGGAGGGGCCAACUUACCUCGGCAAGCCGACACCUUUCCAGAUCGGGACCAUUUUGGCCGUAUAUUCUAUAAUCAGGCAAUUAUGUCUUCUAAAAAUAUCACACAGAUAGCUGUGGUCAUGGGCUCCUGUACGGCAGGAGGUGCGUACGUGCCUGCGAUGGCUGAUGAAAACAUCAUCGUACAAAAGCAGGGUACCAUCUUCUUAGCCGGACCACCCUUGGUGAAGGCAGCUACUGGCGAAGAGGUGUCUGCUGAGGAUCUUGGAGGUGCCGACCUUCAUUGCAGAAAGUCUGGGGUCACUGACCACUAUGCUUUGGACGACCACCAUGCCCUCCACUUAGCAAGGAAGGUUGUGAGGAGUCUCAACUAUCAGAAGAAACUGGAUGUUACCAUCGAGCCUUCCGAGGAGCCUUUGUUCCCCGCUGAUGAACUGUAUGGGAUAGUUGGCGCCAACCUUAAGAGAAGUUUUGACGUCCGAGAGGUCAUUGCCAGAAUUGUGGAUGGAAGCAGAUUCAAUGAGUUCAAGGCCUUAUAUGGAGACACACUAGUUACAGGAUUUGCUCGAAUAUUUGGGUAUCCCGUGGGCAUCAUUGGAAACAAUGGAGUCUUGUUUUCUGAAUCUGCAAAAAAGGGCGCUCACUUCGUCCAGUUGUGCUGCCAAAGAAAGAUUCCCCUGCUGUUCCUGCAGAACAUCACUGGAUUCAUGGUUGGUAGAGACUAUGAAGCUGAGGGGAUUGCCAAAGACGGUGCCAAGAUGGUGGCUGCUGUAUCCUGUGCCAAAGUGCCUAAGAUAACUGUCAUUAUUGGCGGAUCAUAUGGGGCUGGAAACUACGGGAUGUGUGGCAGAGCAUAUAGCCCAAGAUUUCUCUACAUGUGGCCAAAUGCCCGUAUCUCAGUGAUGGGUGGAGAGCAGGCAGCCACUGUGCUAGCCACCGUGGCAAGAGAUCAGAAAGCACGAGAUGGAAAGCAGUUCUCUAGUGCUGAGGAGGCAGCUUUGAAAGAGCCCAUCAUUAAGAGGUUCGAAGAGGAAGGAAACCCUUACUACUCCAGUGCAAGGCUGUGGGAUGAUGGGAUCAUUGAUCCUGUGGACACCAGGCUGGUUCUGGGACUUAGCAUCAGUGCAGCCCUCAACGCGCCCAUCGAGAAGACUGACUUCGGCAUCUUCAGGAUGUAACCCAGACACGGAGCAUGUUGCCACAUGUACAAAAAUGGACAUGUGUAAUUAAGCCUUAAAAACUUGAGAUUUACUAGACAUGUAGCGGUCACAGGAAUUCUCUUCUUAACAGUACACUGUACUUUUUUAAUUGUAAAAAAUCAACGAGAAUCUGCUUGAUGAGCUUUGGUUUUGUUUUUUUUUUGUUUUUUGUUUUUUGUUUUUUCUUGGAGACAUUUUUCAUGGCUCAUUUUUAUCACUCAUGAAAUGAAGAGAGUAAUUUGCAGUUACCUUUUGAGAACCACAACCAGUAUGAAAAAAUAAAACUGUACAUUCCCGGGUUGUUGAAAUGAUUAAUAUAAAAGUGUAUUACUCCUGAAGUGAUUGCCUUCUUGAUUAUAUUUGAUAUUUUAGCA